GGCAGCAGUGAGCCACAAGGCACCCAGUGUGCCGGGAAUGCAAAAGAAGAAGAAGAAGAAUGUGUUUGUUUUGAAACACUAGAAGUUAGUUUGAUCAAAACAUCAAGUGAUGGAGUUUCCUGAAGAUUUCAACCAGCUUGAGCUUCUGAAUACACAUGGACAUCUGAUCCCCCGAGGGGCCAGCAGCCUGUGGACGGGAAGCAAGGAUGAGGAGGAAGAGGUGGAGGAAGAGGAGAUGGACCACAGUGAGGAGUGGUAUCUAGAAAAAGAAGAAACUCUCAAAGACAAACCAGAUGCGCUCAUUCUGUGGGCAGUGGAAAACAAUCGCGUUUCAACAGUCCACAGGUUGUUAACUGCUGAUCCGUUGCUGGUGGAUUGCUGCGAUGAGGACGGAUACACUCCACUGCAUCGGGCAGCGUACAGCGGCCAUGUUGAUGUGGUCUCUGCUUUAAUCGCCGCUGGGUCUAAGGUUAACCCUCGCACCCUGGACGGCUGGACACCCCUUCACAGCGCCUGCCGCUGGAGCCGCGUCACUGUGGCCACUUUUCUCCUGCAACAUGGAGCCCAACUGAACGCCCAGACCAACGGUGGGCUCACAGCGCUACACCUGGCCGCCUCCAACACCACCCCCUUCAGAACAGACUCUCCUCACACGUUAGAGCUCCUGCUCUCUCAGCGACACCUGAAGCCGGAGCUCCGCAGCAGCAGCGGGGAGACGGCCGGCGAGGUUGCCCGACGUACUGGCCCACAUCACGUCCUGUUUGAGAUGGUAGAAGACUGUGUCAAUGUAGUGCCCACCUCGUGAAUGAAGAACAUGGGUGCAGAUGUUUUUACCCUCUUCUGUACGGCAGGUACAUGAACGUUUAUUUUGCAGAUAUAUUCCAGUUAUACACACGUUACUUUAACUUGUUCACACAUUAAACUGCUCAUAAAAUGAACAUAUAAUCAUAUGAAUGUAAAUAUGUUUGUGUGCUUGUACCCAUGACAACUGUUGAUGUGCAUGGCCAUCAUCGCAAAGCAACGCAUCAUAAUAAAUAAUGUAUUUUUGGAA